GAAAUGACACAACUAAAGCAGCACUUUCGGCUGCAGGUAUUGCAAAUCUUAUAGUAUUCUCAUAUAUCUUAGUUGCAAUAUUUGAAAAAGAUCCUGGUGCAGAACAGCAACAACAAAAACAAAAAGAUGAAUGA